AUGUCGCCUCCUACCGUUUCCAUCCUCGGUGCCGAUGGCACCGCUGGCGCUUCUCACCCAUUGCCUGCAGUCUUCUCGAGCCCUAUCAGAUCUGACGUCGUUCAAUCUGUCUUCGUUGGGUUGGCCAAGAACAAGCGUCAGCCCUACUCCGUGAGCGAGAAGGCUGGCCACCAGACCUCUGCUGAAUCCUGGGGUACCGGUCGUGCUGUCGCCCGUAUUCCUCGUGUCUCCGGUGGUGGUACUCACCGUGCCGGUCAGGCUGCCUUCGGUAACAUGUGCCGCUCUGGUCGCAUGUUCGCUCCUACCAAAGUAUGGCGGAAGUGGCACGUUAAGGUCUCAACGGGCCAGAAGCGUUACGCUGUUGCCGCUGCUGUCGCCGCCUCCGCUGUCGCUCCCCUCCUGCAGGCCCGUGGUCACGCCAUCUCUGGUGUUCCCGAGGUUCCCCUGGUUGUUGACUCUGCUGUCUUCGAGGGUGCCAAGGCCGCCAAGACCGCUGCUGCCUACAAGAUCCUGACCACCGUCGGUGCCUCCGAGGAUGUUUUGAAGUCCAAGGGCUCCAAGAAGCUCCGUGCCGGCAAGGGCAAGCUCCGUGGCCGCCGUCACCGCCAGCGCCGCGGUCCCCUCGUCGUCUACGACCCCACCGUCGAUGGCAAGGAGCUCGUCAAGGGUUUCCGCAACCUGCCCGGUGUUGAGACCUCCGACGUCUACGCCCUGAACCUCCUCCAGCUCGCCCCUGGUGGUCACCUCGGUCGCUUCGUCGUCUGGACCUCUGCUGCCUUCAAGGCCCUCGACAACAUCUACGGCUCCACCACCAAGCCCUCUGAGCUCAAGAAGGACUUCCUGCUCCCCUCCAACGUUGUUGCCCAGGCCGACCUUACCCGUCUGAUCAACAGCUCCGAAAUCCAGAGCGUCCUCAACGCCCCCAAGGGUACCGCUCUCACCAAGCGCGCUGGUGUCCAGAAGAAGAACCCUCUCCGCAACAAGCAGGUUCUGCUCCGCCUCAACCCUUACCACUCUGCUUUCGUCAAGGAGAACCUUGGCUCCAAGAAGGCUGAGGAGGGCAAGCCCAAGGCUACUCCUGCCGAGUUCCUUGAGACUCUCAACGAGAACUAA